CACGAAGGCGCCCUCCCAUAUCGCCUGCGGUCUAUUUCAUCUAUCCCCAAAUCUGUUCCCAGGAGGCGGUAUUCGCCUUCCACUCCCACAGGUAUUUGAGGCUCGCUGCCGCUCCUUCGUCGAUCAGACCCGACAUUGAUCCAUAAUCCAGUCUUACGACUAGCAUCACAAGCAGCGCGUUUAGCCGCCCCAAGAGUGGCCAUCUUUUCCUUCACCGAACGCUCGACUCGCUCCUCAGACUUGACCCAACCGGUCUUGGCGCCUCGCAGCUGCCCGAUUUAGCCCACCGCCCAAACCACCGCUACUUCUGCUCCUCCAUCUUACCCUCCUCAGCUUCUUGUCUCCAUCCUCAUCCCUUCUAUCUAUCCAAUCUCCUUGCUCGUCUCCUCGAAGGCCUCUUUUCCCUUCGACAUCUCGAGCACCUUCACACUCUUCUCUCAUUCUCGCUUCUGUCCACUCCCCCUCACCUCGUCCUUCAUCAAUCCGUCACAAUGGAAGAAGAAGUUGCCGCGCUCGUCAUUGACAAUGGCUCCGGUAUGUGCAAAGCUGGCUUUGCUGGCGACGAUGCGCCCCGAGCUGUCUUCCCAUCUAUCGUUGGUCGACCUCGUCACCAUGGUAUCAUGAUUGGUAUGGGUCAGAAAGACUCGUACGUCGGCGACGAGGCCCAGUCCAAGCGUGGUAUCUUGACCCUGCGAUACCCCAUCGAACACGGUGUCGUCACGAACUGGGACGACAUGGAAAAGAUUUGGCAUCACACUUUCUACAACGAACUUCGUGUUGCCCCCGAAGAGCACCCCGUGCUCUUGACCGAAGCCCCCAUCAACCCCAAGUCCAACAGAGAGAAGAUGACACAGAUCGUCUUUGAGACCUUCAACGCCCCUGCCUUCUACGUCUCCAUCCAGGCCGUCCUCUCUCUGUACGCCUCUGGUCGCACAACUGGUAUUGUGUUGGACUCUGGCGACGGUGUCACUCACGUUGUCCCCAUCUACGAGGGUUUCGCUCUUCCUCACGCCAUCUCCCGUGUGGAUAUGGCCGGUCGUGAUUUGACCGACUACCUGAUGAAGAUCUUGGCUGAGCGCGGUUACACCUUCUCCACCACCGCCGAACGAGAAAUCGUCCGAGAUAUCAAGGAGAAGCUGUGCUACGUUGCCCUCGACUUCGAACAAGAAAUUCAGACCGCUUCCCAGAGCUCCAGCCUGGAGAAGUCUUAUGAGCUUCCCGACGGUCAGGUCAUCACCAUCGGCAACGAACGGUUCCGAGCGCCUGAGGCCCUCUUCCAGCCAAGCGUUCUCGGUCUCGAAUCCGGCGGUAUCCACGUCACCACCUUUAACUCCAUCAUGAAAUGCGACGUAGAUGUUCGAAAGGACUUGUACGGCAACAUUGUCAUGUCUGGUGGUACUACCAUGUACCCGGGUAUCUCGGACCGUAUGCAGAAGGAAAUCACCGCCCUCGCUCCCUCGUCCAUGAAAGUCAAGAUCAUUGCUCCUCCUGAACGUAAAUACUCGGUCUGGAUCGGCGGUUCCAUCUUGGCUUCUCUUUCGACCUUCCAGCAGAUGUGGAUCUCCAAGCAGGAGUACGAUGAGAGCGGUCCUUCCAUUGUCCACCGCAAGUGCUUCUAAAGGACCAUUCGAGCAUCGGGUAUGCUUGAACUUGAACGCAACGCAGCAAAUUUCUAGAGCGAGCUGUCAACGAGGACAAGGUCAUGAUGAAUUAAAUGGCAUGCGGAGCAUAGAUUGUGGAAACCAGAAGCGACAGGGAAAUCCAAAGUGCUCCCGCACAGCACAGAGGCGUGUCUGAACAUCUUCAGGACACUUUGAGUCAUUGGAGCGUGUACCGGGACAAAAGUAACAUCUUCAAUGAGUAUCAUCAUUCCAGAUAGUGUCUAGAACGCAAUGCCAGCAAGCUUAGGUCUUCCCUCA